AUGGAGAGAGAUAACUUGGAGAGGGAGUUUCAGCCAACUAUUGGCCAUCUUCCUGAUGAAGCACCUUUUAAUCCUUACGUGCUGCAAAGGAACAGGGGUCUUGCAGGAGCAGAAAAAGGUGAUCAGAGAGAGGCCUUACCCAUGGAUACUGAGGUCUAUGAAAGUCCGUAUGCGGAUCCAGAUGAAAUUAAACCAAAAAAUGUCACUCUCAACAGGAAGUUGUUAACUCUGGAGGAAGGAGAACUUGGGUCUGGCAACUUUGGUACUGUAAAGAAAGGGUUCUAUAAGAUGAAGAAGGGUGCCAAGCCAGUGGCUGUAAAAAUCCUUAAGAAUGAGAGUAAUGACCCAGCCAUAAAGGAUGAAUUACUGAGAGAAGCAAAUGUAAUGCAGCAACUGGAUAAUCCAUAUAUUGUCCGAAUGAUAGGCAUAUGUGAAGCUGAGGCCUGGAUGUUAGUAAUGGAAAUGGCAGAACUUGGGCCACUGAACAAAUUUUUGCAAAAAAAUAGACAUGUCACAGAGAAGAAUAUAACAGAGCUGGUACAUCAGGUUUCCAUGGGGAUGAAGUACCUGGAGGAGAAUAACUUUGUUCAUAGAGAUCUGGCUGCAAGGAACGUGCUGUUAGUCACCCAACAUUAUGCCAAAAUAAGUGACUUUGGACUCUCUAAAGCUCUUAGUGCUGAUGAAAACUAUUACAAGGUAAGGUUUGCACAAGACAUGAAAGCUGUAUAG